AAACCCCAACAAUUAGAUACCGCCUAUCAAAAUCAGUACUCCCAAAAUGGAUAACCAGUCAGCAAUUCACCAUGAAAUUGAAACGAAUCCGUAAAUAUUAGACUCAUAUUUAGAAUUUCAACAACAAUUAAUCUCAAUUCUGAGGUAUGGAUCAACUGGACUCAGACCCGCUGUUUCAACCAAUUCAAGCUCCGAAUAAUUUCCAACCCCAGCCUGAUUUGCACAUUCCCUCCAGUCGAUCGCAGCCUGAUUGCAGGUUUGAGACAGAAGUCAAGGACUCCAUUGCUGCAAGAAAAGUCCAAAAAGCUGACCGUGAAAAAUUGAGGAGAGAUCGUCUAAAUGAACAAUUCGCAGAUUUGGGAAACGCCCUUGAUCCAGAUAGGCCAAAAAAUGACAAAGUAUCCAUUCUUACUGAUACAAUUCAAAUGCUGAAGGAUUUGACUGCUCAGGUUAACAAACUAAAAGCUGAGUACUCAACACUUACUGAGGAAUCUCGUGAGCAGUUGACUCAGGAGAAGAAUGAUAUAAGAGAAGAGAAGGCAUCUCUUAAGUCCGAUAUUGAGAGUCUUAAUGCCCAAUAUCAACAGAGAUUGCGGUCCAUGUACCCAUGGCUAGGGUUGGAUCGUUCUGUUGUCAUGCACCCACCUUCUUAUCCUUUUCCAAUGCCAAUGCCCAUACCCACAGGAACAAUUCCCAUGCAUCCGUCUAUGCAGCCAUAUCCCUACUAUGGGAAUCAAAAUCCUGCGACUUUUGUUCCAUACAUGGCCCAUAAUACCAUGAUGGAGCAGCAAUCAACACAUGUAUCUCAAGUCAUGCAACCAGGUAAUAGGUCCCAUACUUCAAGCAAACAAGAAUCCAGGAAUAAGUCAUCAGAUGGAGAGAGUAGUAUAGAAAAAAGUGACGAUUCCAAUGACAUUGCAACAGAUCUAGAGCUCAAGACGCCUGGAUCUACGUCAGAAAUGGAUUCCACGUCGAAACCAAGAAAAUCCAGAAAAUUGCCAAGGAAGGAAAACAGCCUUGCUGAUGGAGGUUCUUCUAGUGGGUGUUUGUCUACCCAUAGUGUGCAGGCUACAUCAUCUAAUAGCAUUGCUGGUGGUGCAAAGACUGAUGAUUGAACAAAGAAAGAGAAGGAUAACCAGAAAGCUGAUAAUUUUGUUCUGGGGGUAUUUCCGGGCAGUCAGAAGGGUGGGUGUGAUGGAGAAGGUUAGGACACUUGGGUUUGUAUUUAUGCUGAAUAAUGUUAAUUGAUUAAACUAAUUGUCAUAUUUCAAUUAAUUGAUAAUAAUAUAUUUUCUAGCAUGUCCGACCUAUUGUAUCAUGUUCUUGGAGUCCAUAUGUAUUUCGGUAGAUGGUCUUGGAGCCGGUUCUAUUAAAAUUUACUCCUAUCUACUCAUGCAGUAGAGUAUUAAUUACUAUAAAUAAAAAUAAAAAUAGAUGCAAUUUGCACCUGAUAUGGCUCACACAGUGGAGCGUUAACCAAGUUAUGUUUUUGGCACAUUAAUAAGAUAAAUUGCUGUUAUUCUUAUUGAAUAUACGUCAUCUUUGGAUUAUCCCUUCACGCAUCUUCAUAAAUUUUUCAGACUUGCAAGGUUUAGUGAAGCUAUUUAUUUUUGGUGAGUAUGUGGAUAUUUCUCUCAACUGAACAUGUAUGCUUGUGCUAUGACCAUACUAGGAAGGAUCAUCGUUCGAUUGGAGUCGUUGGACUGUCCCAGUUAUGUCGUGUGAAUGGUCAUUUUUAGUAACUGCAUAUAAUUCAGGAUCCGCAACUUGAGCCACUUCUUUCUUUGGCUAAGGCAUUUAUCUGUAGCAAAGGGAUCUCACAACUGACUUUGUGAGCUGUUUCUCUUUUAUGGUAUUCCGAUCCCUUCUUUUUCGUCCAUAAACAUGUGAAGUGUCACCUUAUGUUACUUUAGCUAUUGGAAUAGCAUAUGUUAGGUAAUGGUUCAGUAGACUUUAUUUGAUUUAAUUAAUAGUUGAGUGCUUGGAUCAUCGUAAGCUAGGGCAUGCUGAGAUCAUGUUAUGUUCAUAAUUUAUUGCAAAGCUGCCUGAAUAUAAGUAACAUGAGAUGAUUUGUUUUCUUUUUUAAUUUUGGACUUCUAAUGAAUAUGUUACAACCAGUUAUACCUAUUCUAUAAUGUCAAUUUUGAGCCUUGUGAUGACCUGUCCCUGUUCUACUCUUACCUUGACAAGGCCGCGAUAGUAGUUUGCACAAGUCUCACAUAUAUACGUGUUUUGUCAUGCUUACAUAGUUCUACAUAACGUAAACUUGUGUUCAUCAAGUAAGUUAGGUGGGAUUCUAUAAUAUGAAAUGUAAUGUAAUGCAUUUAUUUAACAUGCAUCUGAUUUCUCAAUAGUGGAUACAAAUAGGUAUUCAUCUCCUUGAGUAGAAUGUAAUCCAGCAAUAAAGGUAGCUAGGGAAAUUCCACACUCAAAGCAUAUAUGCCUCGUGCUACAGCCACCUUAGUAAUUAAGUUACCUUACUUCUUCCCUCUUCUAUAUAAACCAUAUAUGGAAAACAAGAGAAGCCGAAAAUAUAUGGGUCGGGUGUAUACGAGGAGAGGUCCCGAAUGGAAACAAGGCUGAACAGGCCAGACUCUAGGCUCGGUCUCUAUCCCGCCCCUCCCCGCCCCUUACUGACCAUAUUUGCUAUUGUUAUGUUCUUAUUGUCUUUGUCUCAUUAUAAAAGCUACAAGGAUCAAAUGUAUCAUGCUGCUAUCAGUUUCAAGCUAUUCCUUUUCUUGAUGCCUGUUAUUCUGAUCAUCUUCAUGCGUUCGAGUCUCACCAGUUCGAUGUCCAACUUCAAUGUAAGGCACGGAUGGACUUGUGUAAUGGCGGGAUUCUCCUGGGGCUCGGCCAUUUUGGCGGUGGCGCUGCUAGUGUUGGUGUCGUGCCAGUCCUUGUUUCACUUGCAGUGGUUUCCUUUGUUGAGAUCAGAUUUGUGAAAACAUUAUGGUAACUUACUGCUAUUACUCAGUCAGUUACACCUGUUAAAAACACCAAAAUUCAAUGAUCCAGUGACAUACCAUGCUAUGUACGAUAUAUCAUGAUCCAUGGGUUCAGUCA